AUGCCAGUUCCGAGCCCGGACCUGCCAGUCACCGUGCGCCAGCUUUCCACAAAGCCGUGCAGAAGUGAUAAAGAUCCUGGCUCCGGAUUUGAAGAUGAAGUGCGAGACUGUGAAAAGGCCCUCGGCCAAGUGCGCCAGCUGCCAAAGUGGGCGUUGCGUUGUGCGUGGCGUGAUGAAUUGGAUGUCCGGGCUGGCCAGCUGGAGCACAUAUCGGCGCAAUUCGAUUCAACGAAGCGCUCCUUAGAUGCUGCAAAUGAGGAGUUGAAUUGGCAUGCAACUGGAGCGGAAGCGCUGAGAACGCGCUUGGCUGAUGUUUUGAGGGCCACGGUUGCUGAGGAGCGGCGAGGUGAAGAUGUACUGGCAGAAGAAGAGAAGAGGGAACGAAGCUUGCAGGAGCUGCUUGACCGUUGGUCUGGCCUCAGUCCACAUCUUCCGCUACCUGCAGCUUGUGUGCAGGCACAGCAGCUCUUGGCUCAACGGGAAGGCAUGGUGAGCAAACUCAGCACAGAGUGA